AUGUCACUGAGACAGGAGAUAGCAGCUAGGACCCUUCCUUGUCCACCAAGGAAACUGACUGGCUCGCAAGACUAUAGUCCUCUCAGUUGGCAAGAUUUUUUCGAUGAAAAGCAAAGUAUAUCCAUAAAUGGUGAUAGCUUUAAUGUUUAUACCAAAGGCAAAACAGGCCCUAUUUAUUUGUUUUUACAUGGAGGUGGAUACUCCGGCGUUACGUUUGGCCCAUUAAUUAAGAAUAUGAGUAAAUUAAUUGAUUGUCGCAUAUUUGCGCCCGAUUUGAGAGGGCAUGGUGAGACAAUCUGCGCAGACAGCAACCAAUUGUCCAGAGACACUUUAGUACAAGAUAUUGCAAAUGUUUUCAAUUCUUAUUACAAAGCUCAAAACGAUGUUGAAGAAAACCCACCUGUAUGUGUUGUGGGACACAGCAUGGGAGGAGCAAUGGCUGUACGGGUUGUUCAAUCGGAGCUAGUGCCCAACUCUAUAGCUCUUGUUGUACUGGAUGUCGUAGAAGGAACAGCUUUAGAUGCCCUAGUUUCAAUGAAUACUGUAUUGAACAACAGACCAGAGUACUUCAGCUCAGAAGAAGAAGCUAUUCGAUGGUGUUUGGCUCAUUCGGUGACAUCUAACAAAACUUCUGCUAGAUUAUCCAUGCCUCAUCAGCUAAAGAAAACAGAAAAUAACAGAUUCACAUGGAGAAUCGAUCUAAGAAAGAGUGAACCAUAUUGGCGCGAGUGGUUUACUGGACUCUCAGAAGCUUUUCUUAACAAUAAAGCUUCGAAGUUACUGGUGCUUGCAGGUGUUGAUCGCCUCGAUAAAACUCUUAUGAUUGGACAAAUGCAAGGGAAGUUUCAAACUGUCAUGAUGCCCAAAAGUGGACAUGCGAUUCAUGAAGAUUCUCCUUUCGAGCUAGCAGAUGCUUUAGCUGCUUUUUCUGUCCGUUAUCGCUUUGCGACUUAUCAUGACUCUACCAAAACUAAAUCUAAAGCAUGA